GUAGUGCUAUGGCUAGGGGUGUCUCGCUGGGGUCUGGUUAUCUGCUCACUGUCUACUGAUUUUUAGUUAUGUGGAUAGAUCUUCGCUAGUUGGUGUCUGCCCUGGAGUAGGAGAAGGCGUGCGGCCAUAUGUAAGGCAUUCUGACAUGUGACAUUUCAAUCAAGAUCGCAGAGCCGCCUGAAGGACAAUGGAUGACGUGAUGGUCCCCUUGUUUUCCUCCGUGGUUGCCAACGGCAGCAGCGGCAGCAUCCCCAGCGGUGUAGUCAACUGUUCCCGCGACAACGUGCUGAAGACCACCGUGUUCCCCGUACUCUACUCGUUCCUCUUCCUGGUGGGCAUCCCGCUCAACGGCCUGGCCGUCUGGGUCUUCUUCAGCAUCCCCAGCCGCUCGCACUUCAUCAUCUACCUGAAGAACAUCGUGGUGGCCGACGUGGUCAUGACCCUCACCUUCCCCUUCAAGAUCCUGUCGGACGCCAACCUGGCCUCCGAGGGCGUGCGCCUGUUCGUCUGCCGCGUCUCCUCCGUGCUCUUCUACCUCACCAUGUACAUCAGCAUCCUGUUCUUCGGCCUGAUCAGCGUCGACCGCUGCCGCAAGACGCUCAGCCCCUUCGUGGGCACCAACGCGGCGCGCCUCCGGCGCCGCAAGCUCAUGGCGGCCGCCAUCUGGGCGUCGCUGCUGGCCCUCUCCGUGCCCAACAUGGCGCUGAGCAGCCGCGCGCCCGCCUCGGCCCGCUUCAAGUGCAGCGACCUCAAGACGGAGUUCGGCCUGCGCUGGCACGAGAUCGUCAACCACGUGUGCCAGGUGAUCUUCUGGGGCAACCUGGUGACGGUGGUGGUGUGCUACACGCUCAUCACCAAGGAGCUCUACAGCUCCUACGCCCGAACCCGUGCCGGAGGAGGAGGAGGAGGUCAGCAGCAGCAGACGCGCGUCGGCACGAUGCGAGGCCCGCCAGGUGGUGGGGGCACAGGGGGGCGCAAGAAGACCGUGCGCCUCAACGUCUUCCUGGUGCUGGCGGUGUUCUUCGUGUGCUUUGUGCCGUUCCACUUCGCCCGCGUGCCCUACACCAUGAGCCAGACGCGCGGGCGCCUCUUUGACUGUCGCCAGAAGCUGGUGUUCUUCCAGCUGAAGGAGAGCACGCUGUGGCUGUCCUCGCUCAACUCGCUGCUGGACCCGCUCAUCUACUUCUUCCUCUGCAAGUCGUUCCGCACCACGCUCUUCAACACCCUCCGCCUGGCCCCGGGCAGGUGCCGCAAGCUGCGCGAACUCGGCACCGACACCAACGUCAAGUCCGUGCGACAAGGGGAGUCCUCCUCAGGCCCUCUGUAGUACACUCUACUACAACAAUAAGGUGUUAUUUCAACACUUAGAAGAUCCUCUGGGACCAAAUAGACGCUAGGCCAUGUUAAAUUGAUUCUCUAAUUGUUGAUUUAAUACACAGCAUUUUUUGUGGUUAGGGCCGGAAGAUGCACAAACUUUGCUCUCACACCAACGUGAAGUCCGUGCACCGAGAGGAAUCCUCCUGUUGUCCUCUGUAGUACACAGUUAGGGUUGUAACCCUUUCAUGUAGAUAGAUCGCCGACUAUCCGACUGUUUUCCGAAAGAUCUUAAGUACAUCAUAACUAAAUUGCUAUGACACUGCCGAGCAUUGUUGUGCACAUGCCCCACACAUUGCAGUAUUUUAUGUUUUCUCCUAUCAUAGCAGCAUACUGUGUAUUGUG